ACACAGCCCCAGUGGCCCAGUUACUUCAUUGAGUUUCUCAAAUGGAGAAGUAGAGGGAAUAAACAAUAGGAGUCAUCUCUCUGAACCCCUGAAACGAGUCUCUACUCUCUCUCUCUCUCUCUCUCUCACACACACACACACACACACACUGUAUCAGCAUUGAGCAUUCCAAUUCAAUCUGGUACAUUGCAUCCCAAAUCCAAUUGGGUUAUGAAAAAUCAAUGGCUGCAACGCCUAUUCACUUUCCUCAGCAACUCACAACCUCCAGGUCACCUACCUUUUUCACUAUGCAUCCUCCAACAGGGGUUAGGGUUAGGGUUUUCACUACCAAUAACAUCUUCAAUCUUAGCAACAACAACAACAACAACAACUAUUCGACCAAUUCACCGAUUUGGACUGUCUCUGAGAUAGCCGAAGCUGUGAAUGGCACAACUCUAAAAUGGGGUCCUCCAGGAACCAUCUCUACAGAUACCAGAACUCUCAAACCUGGCCAAUGGUUCUUCCCAAUUUCUGGCAAAAACUUCGAUGCCCACCACUUCAUAACCCCUGAAUUGUACACCAAGGGAUGCGUUGGAGUCAUUGGUAACAGGGUUUGCGAGAAGUGGGACAAGGGUUUUGUACAAGUUCAUGGUAGUACCUUGAUUUCGUUGGAGAAUAUGGCAAUGUAUGCGAGGAACAGGUUUGGUGAUUGUUUGAUAGGCUUAACAGGAAGUGUAGGUAAGACAACUACAAGAGCAAUGACAGCAUUGGCUCUUGAAUGCCUCGGCCCGGUUCACCAGUCUCCCGGGAAUUGGAACAAUCAGAUUGGAGUGGCUUUGUCUUUAAUUGGGAUUCCUCAGAAUGCGAGGUUUGUGGUUCUGGAGCUGGGAAUAAGUGGGAAAGGAGAGAUUUUGGAGCUUGCAAGGAUGUGCAGGCCGUCGAUUAGAGUGAUUUUGAAUGUGGGUGCUUCACAUUUGGAGAACUUUUCGAGUUUACAAGAGGUUUCAAUGGCGAAAGGUGAGAUUUUAGCUGAGGCGAAGCCCGGGGAUGUGUGUGUUUUGAAUGCUGAUGAUCCUCUUGUUAUGAGCCUUCCUGUUCCAGUUGGAGUUAAGAAGGUUCUAUUUGGUCGGAGAAUGGGUUGUGAUGUUCGGUUGGUUCUGGCCAAAUGCACUGAUAAAGGUUUUGGAGUUCAAGUCGUUUUAGAGAGAAAUAAAGAGAUUGUGGAAUUUGUGAUCUCCAGUCCGGGUCUGCAUCUGGCUCUCAAUGCAUGUGCAGCUGCAGCUGUGGCAACUUUGUUGGGGGCUUCUCUGGCUCAAGUUGGGAAAUCCUUAUCACGAUAUUUUCCCGUCCACAUGAGAUCCGAGCUUGAAGUUGCUAAGAAUGGUAUCAAAAUAAUCAAUGAUGCUUACAAUGCAAAUCCUGCUAGCACCAAAGCUGCCAUUGACUUGCUUAAGGGCAUUGGUUGCAAAGGUAAAAGAGUUGCAGUACUUGGGGACAUGCUAGAACUUGGUCCAACGGAAGAAAAGUUUCAUGAGACGACACUAAGAUACUGUUGUGAAGCUCGUUUUGAUCUAGUUGCCCUUGUCGGGAAGAGGUUUCUGACAGCUGCUGAAAAUUUGAAUUUAGUCGGAAAGAGAAAUAUCUUGUGUGUUCAUGAUGCAGAAAACCUAGUGCUUGAGAUUUUUAAAAGAUUAAGUUGUUAUGAUGUUGUUUUAGUGAAGGGUAGUCGUGCAAUGCAAAUGGAGAAAGUCGUUGAUGCUAUUAAGAACAUGCAUAUUGACAUUUGAUAUUAAUAGUUUUGAGGAGAGCAAUAUUAAAAUUUCAGAUAGGUACUCUCUCCCUCCCUUCACCCCUUUUUUUUUCCCUCAAGUCUACUCUGAACUCCACAGGGUUAUGUAUGUAUAUAUUAUAUAUAUUUUCAGUAAAAUAUGAUUUGAGUAUUUAAUACUGUUCUUGCUGAAAUCUUGUUUCAGACUCAAAUAUCUGACAGUAAAGUCUUGGCAAUAUAAAAUCUAAAC